CCCACAUCAUAAAACAGCGAGUGCUUCCUCUUCAGGACAGGAGGGAGAAGAAGUGGGGUGACUUAGGGGCUGAGCCUCAGCAACUGGGAGAGUUUAUAAGCUGGGAAAGCAGACCCCUCAGCACCACCGUUCUCCUCAUCCCUCUGCUCUCUGGCUCCAGCCUCCCAGCAGCAUGGCUUUCACCGGCAAGUUCGAGAUGGAGAGUGAGAAGAAUUAUGAUGAGUUCAUGAAGCUCCUCGGGCUCUCCAGCGAUGUAAUCGAAAAGGCCCGCAACUUCAAGAUCGUCACGGAGGUGCAGCAGGAUGGGCAGGACUUCACUUGGUCCCAGCACUACUCCGGAGGACACACCAUGACCAACAAGUUCACUGUUGGCAAGGAAAGCGACAUACAGACAAUGGGGGGCAAGAAGUUCAAGGCCACCGUGCAGAUGGAGGGCGGGAAGCUGGUGGUGAAUUUCCCCAACUAUCACCAGACCUCAGAGAUCGUGGGUGACAAGCUGGUGGAGGUCUCCACCAUCGGAGGCGUGACCUAUGAGCGCGUGAGCAAGAGACUGGCCUAGGCAUCCAGGCCCGGCCCAGGGAGCUACAAACCCGCCAAUAAAACUGAUACAAGGACAGA